CCGACUCAAAAGCGGCGAGAGGCGCAGGGCGACUCCGCCCCUGUCCUGCCGCCGGGCGUCCGGAGCCGCACGUCCUGCUCGCCGCCGCCAUGGCCAAGCCCCUGACCGACCAGGAGAAGCGGCGGCAGAUCAGCAUCCGCGGCAUCGUGGGCGUGGAGAACGUGGCCGAGCUGAAGAAGGGCUUCAACCGGCAUCUGCACUUCACGCUGGUCAAGGACCGCAAUGUGGCCACCCCCCGCGACUACUUCUUCGCGCUGGCGCACACGGUGCGCGACCACCUGGUGGGGCGCUGGAUCCGCACGCAGCAGCACUACUACGAGACGUGCCCCAAGAGGGUCUAUUACCUCUCUUUGGAAUUUUACAUGGGCCGAACAUUACAGAACACCAUGAUCAACCUUGGCCUGCAGAAUGCCUGUGACGAGGCCAUUUACCAGCUUGGAUUGGAUAUGGAGGAGUUAGAAGAAAUUGAAGAAGAUGCUGGGCUUGGCAAUGGUGGUCUUGGGAGGCUUGCUGCCUGCUUCUUGGAUUCCAUGGCAACUCUGGGGCUUGCAGCCUACGGCUAUGGCAUCCGAUAUGAAUAUGGAAUCUUCAAUCAGAAGAUUCGAGAUGGAUGGCAGAUAGAAGAGGCAGAUGACUGGCUCAGGCAUGGAAACCCCUGGGAGAAGGCCCGCCCCGAGUUCAUGCUGCCUGUUCACUUCUACGGGAACGUAGAGCACACAGAGGCCGGAACCAAGUGGAUCAACACGCAGGUGGUCCUUGCUCUUCCAUAUGACACCCCGGUGCCUGGAUAUCUGAACAACACGGUCAACACCAUGCGCCUCUGGUCUGCUCGCGCACCCAAUGACUUUAACCUCAGAGACUUUAACGUUGGAGACUACAUUCAGGCUGUGCUGGACCGGAAUCUGGCCGAGAACAUCUCCCGGGUCCUCUAUCCCAAUGAUAAUUUUUUUGAAGGGAAGGAGCUGAGACUGAAGCAGGAGUACUUUGUGGUGGCUGCUACCUUGCAAGAUGUCAUCCGACGUUUCAAAGCCUCUAAGCUUGGGUCCAGCAGGAGUGCCGGAACUGCGUUCGAUGCCUUCCCAGAUCAGGUUGCCAUCCAGCUGAACGACACUCACCCUGCGCUCGCCAUCCCCGAGCUGAUGAGGAUUUUUGUGGACAUUGAAAAAUUGCCCUGGUCCAAGGCAUGGGAGAUCACCCAGAAGACCUUUGCCUACACCAACCAUACAGUGCUCCCGGAAGCCCUGGAGCGCUGGCCUGUAGAGCUGGUGGAAAAGCUGCUUCCUCGACAUUUGCAAAUCAUUUACGAGAUGAAUCAAAAGCAUUUAGAUAAAAUUGCUGCCUUGUUUCCUAAAGACGUCGACCGCCUGAGAAGGAUGUCUCUGAUAGAAGAGGAAGGAGGCAAAAGGAUCAACAUGGCCCAUCUCUGCAUCGUGGGCUCCCAUGCUGUGAACGGCGUGGCUAAAAUUCACUCAGACAUCGUGAAGAACCAAGUAUUCAAGGACUUCAGUGAGCUAGAGCCAGACAAGUUUCAGAAUAAAACCAAUGGGAUCACUCCAAGGCGCUGGCUGUUACUCUGCAACCCAGGACUGGCAGAGUUAAUAGCAGAGAAAAUCGGAGAGGACUAUGUGAAGGACUUGAACCAGCUGACGAAGCUGAACAGCUUCCUGGGCGACGACGUCUUCCUCCGGGAGAUUUCCAACGUGAAGCAGGAGAACAAGCUGAAGUUUUCUCAGUUCCUGGAGAAGGAGUACAAAGUGAAGAUCAACCCAUCCUCCAUGUUUGACGUGCAGGUGAAGAGGAUCCAUGAGUACAAGCGGCAGCUCCUGAACUGCCUGCAUGUGGUCACCAUGUACAACCGCAUUAAGAAAGACCCGAAGAAGCUAUUCGUGCCCAGAACAGUUAUAAUCGGUGGCAAAGCUGCCCCAGGAUAUCACAUGGCCAAACUGAUCAUAAAGCUGAUCACUUCAGUGGCAGAGGUGGUGAACAAUGACCCCAUGGUUGGAAGCAAGUUGAAACUCAUCUUCCUGGAGAACUACAAAGUGUCUCUUGCUGAAAAAGUCAUUCCAGCCACAGAUCUGUCGGAGCAGAUUUCUACCGCAGGCACCGAAGCCUCGGGGACAGGCAACAUGAAGUUCAUGCUGAACGGGGCCCUGACUAUCGGGACCAUGGAUGGGGCCAAUGUGGAAAUGGCUGAGGAAGCCGGGGAAGAGAACCUGUUCAUCUUUGGCAUGAGAAUAGAGGACGUGGCUGCUUUGGACAAGAAAGGGUAUAAGGCAAAAGAAUAUUAUGAGGCUCUUCCAGAGCUAAAGCUGGCCAUCGACCAAAUUAACAAGGGCUUCUUUUCUCCCAAGCAGCCUGACCUCUUCAAAGACUUAGUCAACAUGCUAUUUUAUCAUGACAGGUUUAAAGUUUUUGCAGACUAUGAAGCCUACGUCAAGUGUCAAGAAAAAGUCAGUCAGCUGUACAUGAAUCCAAAGGCCUGGAACAUCAUGGUACUCAGAAACAUAGCCGCCUCAGGGAAAUUCUCCAGUGACCGAACAAUUAAGGAGUAUGCCCGGGACAUCUGGAACAUGGAGCCUUCUGACCUAAAGAUUUCCCUGUCCAGUGAACCCAGCAGUGGGGUGGACAAAGCCAAUGGAAAGUUAGACAAAUAACCAGGAGAGAGGGCAAUGCUUCUUGGUGUCAUAGCCCACGCGCCUGUGUCAGGGUGAAUGACCCACAGCUCUCCUCUGCUGCCGCCUUCCCCCAAGUGAGCACCGGCUGCCCGGACCGCUAGCGCUUCUCAACGUAAGCAUUUGAUUGAACUGCUGACAAUCCCAUCUCCUUUCACUGCUGCACAGCAAAACCUAUUGCUAAGAAUACUUCUAGAAGCUAAAGGAAACUAAGUUCCAGAAAGUGGCUUUUCAGAAAAAGGGAUGAUAUAAUCAAGUUCACUAAAGGAAGAUCUGCCUGCAUCCUGUCCACUCUGCCAUGAGGUGCAAGAUGAAGUGAAGGAGAGAGACUCAGAGCCCUGGAGGUACAAGAAAUACAUUUUUUCCAAAAGAACCACAGCCUACUCUGUAUUAACCACAUAAAAGGUAGAUAAAGGUGAUUCAAAAGGCAGAGGAUUCUUUAAAAAACCAUUUGAAUUUGUUUUAGAGCCAAGUUUCUUAAACCUUAGUGGGUCAUGGAGCCCUUUGAACAUGUAAUUAAAGCUAUGGACCCGCUGCCCCGAAAAAUGUAUCCACUCUUCAAAUUUUGUGUACAAUUUUGGGUUGGGAGUUCAUGGACCCUCUGGGGCUUCUGUGGAUCCCAAGUAUAGAACCACUGCUUUCAUCAAGGUUCCCUGUGAUCUGUCAUUUGGCCUCCUUCCAGCUCAGUACUGCUGAGAGCAAGCUGAGACUUCCAGGCAGGAGACAGAGGAAGGUACAGCUGACCCCAAGUCAGGAAAUCUGGGAUAACUGAGGGCAAGAGCGGAUUCACUCAGAGGGCAGACGUGACUGUGUGAUUCACAUGACCCUUUAAAUAAAAAUGCAUUGUAACACCGUGCCCAGGUUUACACAAUCAGAACAAUGUUAAGCAAUGUUGAAAAAUGUUGAUUUCACAGGAAAUCUCUGUAAAUGUGACUCUGAAACAUACACCUCAAGAAAGCCCCUUGAGCAAAGGCAAGUCUUGAGAAGGCCAUCUUCUGACACAAAAAGACAGUGAGUAAAAGAGACAGAGGGAGGGGAGCCGAGGGGCAGAUUCCAGACCUUGUCACUGAGUUUGAAGUGUCCUCCCAGAGACAGAGCGAGGUCUGCGGGUCUCUGAGGCACACCGCCCCUCCCCCAUGCUGAGACCCGCAGUCACAGCCAAUACUCAUCACCCACCAUAAUGACACAGGCCCACAGAGGGACUGGCAGUGCACCAAAGGACAGCCAGCCUCCUGGGAGGUGCUCUUGGUUACCAAGCAAGGUUGGGACCACAGAGAGCAGGCCGAGGCAUCAGUAUUCCAGACUAGAAUUAGUCAGGUGGCCCCCAGUAGCCGUGAUCAGAAUUCCAGGUGGUCUCUCCUAGGGAAUCCAUACUUUUGAUUAAUAGGAUUCAUGCCAAAUAAAUGAAUCUCCAUGUGGUUCUGUGAGAAGACCACUGAUGUGGAAACUGCUCUUCCUCUUCUCCAUACCUCAUGCCUACUCCCUACCCAGUCGUCCAUGGAUUUGAUCCAUCAUUUCCGACACUCUUGGGGAGUAAAGGAACCAUUGCCUUCUUUGAAAUCAGUAUCCAAAUUUUGGAAGUUAGUUUCCCUUUCAGUUAAGGAUCCACAUUAUUCUACAUAUAGAAUAUAUAGAUUUUUUUAAAAGAGAAGCCUAUUGCCAGAACACCCUCAAAUUUCAACAAAGGGAAAAAAAUAUGUGAAGGGAUGCGUACAGACCUAAAAACUGAGCUCUGCCUUACAUUCCCCCACAGGGCUGAAAUACUCUUUCACUCUGUAAAAAAAAAAAACAUCCAAGCAAAGGCAACUGACUUGUGUUCUGCACUGCCAUGAAGAUAAACAAUAAUUGGGUUGCCAUCAUGGAGGGCUGCUUCGUAGCAGCUACGGCCCUUCCCCUUAGCAUCCUCCCCGCACCGGCAGCUAGAAACUGUAUGCCUGAAAAGCAAGGAAAGGUUUCAGCCAACAUGGACAGAGAGAAGACUUCUCUAUCCUUGCCGAAGUCUGAAACCUCCUUAUGUCAAUCAGAUACAUAUUUAUAUUUAUAUGUUUAUAUACUAUUAGAAUAUAUAAUGGAUUAUUAUACGUAAAUAGUCAAUAUAUUUACAUACAGAUAUGUAUCUGCUUAAUACAUAUGCACAUGGUAAAAAUUAAAAUAUAAUGCCACAAACGUCUUAUAAUGAAAACCACUACUGCCUUACCCCCCCUCUCCCAUGCCGAGAUAACCCCUUUUAACCAUUUACUGUUUUAGUUCUUCUGACUCCUAUACCAAUCAUGCUUCCAAGACUGCAAUUCUUAGGUGUGGUUUGUUGAAAUGCAAUCCACUGGGUGGAAACAAGUAAAAGAUAAUAGAUGUCUGCCACCUGCUCUUGGUUUGGCUGAAGAAACAAAUUGGAAACAAAGGGAAACCAGUUUAGGUAGGAGAAAAGAACUUGAACAUGAAAUUAAGCUAUUCUACUCAAGAAACCCAGUGACCUUGUGAUUUUAAACACCUGAGUGAGCUCCAGUUCCUCCACCUUGUUAAACCAAUGAAUGAACCCUGCUAACACGAACACUGCCAUAUGACAUGUCACCAGGAGACCUGGAGAACUGGCCAUGUGAUGAUAAAUCUUCAGUCCCUCAAUCUUUUUUUUUUUUUUUUUGUCACACGGCGUGCAGCAUGUGAGAUCUUAGUUCCCCAACCAGGGAUCAAACCCAUGCCCCCUGCAGUGGAAGUGCAGAGUCCUAACCACCAGACCACGAGGGAAGUCCCAGUCUCUCAAUCAUUUAGAGGCAAAAAGUCUGACAUCAAACCCCAAGGCCUCUGUACUGCGAAGACGGGCAUUGCUGCCAGCUAGAUAAGCUAGUCACGAGGACAGCUGACUCACCAAACAAGGACUGAUGGGGCAAGAGUAAAGAAGAAAGAUGUUUUCAAAUUCCAACACUAUUAGUGGGACUGUACCCUGCAAAUUAGGAAGAAGUUAUGUGAACCCAUCCAUAUUGGCCCCUAAACAUUCUGUGAUCACAUGUUUAAACUCAGGGAGAUGAAAUAUAAAACAGGGCACAGGAAAACUGGCAACCACGAACAAGUAGGUGAACCAAACAAGAAAAUAUUGAGAUCAGCAGAGCAAAACAGACAGUAGGAUGCUCACGGCCUUGAUAGACAAGUAUUUAUGGAGUGCCCUCUGCCAAGCACUGUGCUGAGCAAUGGAAACCCACCAACAAAGUCCCCCACCUAUGAAGUUACUGUCUCAUAAGGAAGACAAACAUUCAUCAGAUAAUCACACAAGCACUUAUUCAAUUACAGUGGGGAUAAACGCAGUAAAGGACAAGCACAGGUUGCACUAACAUAUGCCGAAAAUGGGGGCGGUGAGGAAAGGGUUUCCUGAAAAUUACCGUUUAAAAUGAGACCCAAGAGAUGGGUAAGCAGUUAGGCAAAAGGAGGGAACAGAGGGAGCAGAGAGAGAGAAAGAAAUGCAGACAGAGCAUGGCUUCUAUACACGGAGGCCAGUGGGCCUGGAGCAGGGUGGGAAGGGGGUGAGGCAUAAGGCAGGGAAGAAGACAGACCCAAGGCACCUGAAAGACUCCAAACUCCAACGUAAGAUUCCUGAAAAGCAAAUGCAAGCAAGUCAAGCGUCAAUAUAAAGGGAAGCUGUGUGGAACAGCUUCCUCCAAGGAACACCGACCUCUCCCCAGGCAAGUAACACAGCACUGCUCACCUCUGCCCUUGUGACCUGAAAGCCACACCCACCAAGCACCCCAGGGUCCAAUCAGUGCACUCACCAUGUUCCCAGAAUCACCCUAGGUUCACCUUUGAUGUAGAAGCUCACUGUGUGAGGAAUCUUUAACUCCGGUUUCUUUAAAUCCACAAGAAAUGGUGCUUUGACUGGAAAGGAGAAUUCAUUGUCAACUCCCAGAAUCGAAUUCCACGUCUCUUAAUCACAAUCAAAAAAAGUAAUUAGCCUCAUGAUUGACAUGUUUCUAAGCUGCAAGCUACUACACUCAAUUCCAAGCAAAGUAUUUUUACUUUAUAAACUAGGACUACCCCGCAAAAGAGUUGCCCCCCCCCAAAAAAACUAAAGCUAGACUUAAAAAUACCACCAGUGUUAUAUAUAGCCUCUAAUGGAGUUUAUUCAAUCUUCAUCCCCGUUUCAAGCGAAAAGCAAAGGAGACCAUUCACCUAAAAAGUAAGAGGGUCUAGAAGAAGGUAGUGAGUAUUUUGCUACUUAAGUCAUGAGUUACUUUUUGCACUAAGUAAAACCUAGUCAUUAGCCAUAAGCCACUAAAUGUCCAAGAUAAACAUACACCUGGAGACAUGCAGGUGAGAGCAUCACCUGUGCUCUAGAAGAACCGUGUGUCGCACUGACUAACGCAGCACUUGGUAGAAAAAACACGGGAAAAUAGAUUUCUCACAUCAACCUGUCUCUCUCUCAAGGGAUACAGGCAAGAAGAGGAAGAGAAAAGGCACAGAAUACAGGAAGCAGUAAGGUAUACAGAUUAAUAGCCAAUUUGAAGACUGAGCUCCUGAAUUGAAACCCUACCCACAAGGCCAUAUUUUUCUAUCUAUCCCAACAGUUUGCAAGGAUUCAUCCUAGACCCCAAAGCCAAUAUUAAAUAGGUUUCAGACCAUUUAAGUCUAGCCACAAUUUUAUAACUGACAUAUCUUUUUCAUUAUGCCAUAACUGUAAGGGCAGUAAGUUCUCUAUUUGGGAAAAAAAAAUAUAAAGGCAAAUUCACAAAAGGUACAUACUCACAAAAGUUGAAAAAAAUCACCACGUGCAUCAGAGGAGGGAAAAUACGUUCGUUUAAUGAUUUAGUUGUAAAGCUGUCACACAGAGUGGCAAUUUUUCUUGUGAGGGUUGAACAGGAGUAUGGGAAAGAUCUGUAAGAUAUUGUGAAACAGACAAGGUAUUCAAAAUCA